AUGGCGGUCAUACAAGACGCAAAGGUCCAUACGCCAACAGCAGACACGAAGGUGCACGCUCCCACCACAACCGCUGCUCAAGCAGCAGCUUCGAUGAUUGCAACAGAACGUAUUGUGGCCUACGCUGCUGACAACCUCACGCUCUGCCGUGUAAAACAGUUACCGAAAGUGGGCGAGACAGAAACACAGAAGCUAGAGGAUCUCUCGCUUAUGCUUGACAGCCCAUUUUACGCUUCAACGGAAUUGAGCGAGGACGGAGAAGAAGAGCUUUGCGUGGGACCAGCUCUUCUUGUUCGAGAGCAGCGGGCUCGUGCUGCCCGGCUGUACAAAAUGUAG